CCUGAAUGAAUCAUAGGCAGAGGAGCAGAGGUUCUUGUGUUCCGUAAUCGGAAUCACUGAAUACAGAACCAGUUAUUCUAAAAACAAACUAACGUAAUCUAGAUGGAUGACACCACGAUACUUGCCCAUAUAUUUCUAAAAGAAUAAGCUCGAUUCCCCCGUUUCUUCCGGUUGAUUUUACGCAUAUGAUGGAACGGGCGAUGGAGCAGUUGAACGUACAACUGAAUCGGCUAACGCGCUCACUACGCCGCGCCAGGACCGUAGAACUACCGGAAGAUAAUGAGACUGCUGUAUACACUCUCAUGCCAAUGGUGAUGGCUGACCAGCACAGGUCAGUGUCAGAGCUGCUACUGAACUCAAAGUUUGACGUGAACUACGCCUUCGGGCGAGUGAAAAGGAGUCUGCUGCACAUCGCUGCCAACUGUGGAUCGGUGGAAUGUCUGGUGCUGCUGCUGAAGAGGGGAGCGAACCCAAACUACCAGGACAUCUCAGGGUGCACCCCACUGCAUUUGGCUGCCAGGAACGGACAAAAGAAGUGUAUGGGAAGACUGUUGGAAUACAACGCAGAUGUCAACAUCUGUAACAAUGAGGGACUGACUGCAAUACAUUGGCUUGCGGUAAACGGGCGGACCGAGUUGCUGCAUGACCUGGUGCAGCACGUGACCAACGUGGAUGUGGAGGACGCCAUGGGACAGACCGCCCUACAUGUGGCCUGCCAGAACGGCCACAAGACGACUGUACUCUGCCUGUUGGACAGUGGUGCUGACAUCAACCGGCCCAAUGUCUCUGGAGCCACGCCCCUGUACUUCGCCUGUAGUCACGGUCAGAGAGACACGGCGCAGAUUCUCCUCUCCCGCGGGGCCAAGUAUUUGCCUGAUAAGAACGGGGUGACACCGCUGGACCUGUGUGUGCAGGGCGGCUAUGGUGAGACGUGUGAGAUUCUCAUUCAGCACCAUGGUAGAUUGUUCCAGACCCUCAUCCAGAUGACACAGAACGAUGACAUCAAAGAGAACAUGCUGAGGCAGGUCCUGGAACAUGUCUCCCAGCAGAGUGAGCUGCACUACCAGAGGAUCCUGGUCAGCCUGGCUGAGGUGGCCACCACCAACGGGCACAAGCUUCUGAGCAUCUCCAGUAACUACGAGGCGCAGAUGAAGAGCCUGCUCCGGAUCGUCCGGAUAUUCUGCCACGUCUUCCGGCUGGGGCCCUCCUCUCCCAACAACGGGAACGACAUGGGCUACAACGGCAACAAGACGCCCAAGAGCCAAGUUCUGAAGCCUCUGGAGCUCCUGUGGCACUCCCUGGACGAGUGGCUGGUCCUCAUCUCCACCGAGCUGGAGAAGCACCGCAGUGACCCGGCCUCCGGAGCAGACAUCACCUCCCUCCUGCUGAAGCAGCGUGAGGCUGACCCGUCCGUCACGUCCAUCACCGCGGUGACGGCCUACCGCGACGGCGCCGAUCCCCCCGAGCUCCCGCCCCCCGGACGACCUCCGCUGGACCCGGAGGACGUGAUGGUGACGCCCGAGACGUGUUGCGAUGGCGAGGACGUCAUAUCCAUGACCGCUAGCCGCCUCAGCGCGGUCAUACAGGCCUUCUACAUGUGCUGCUCCUGUCAGAUGCCGCAAGCGAUGACGUCUCCUCGCUUCAUAGAGUUCGUCUGCAAGCACGACGAGGUGCUGAAAUGUUUCGUCACAAGGAACCCAAAGAUCAUCUUCAACCAUUUCCACUUCCUGCUGGAAUGUCCUGAGCUCAUGUCCAGGUUCAUGCACAUCAUUAAAGCUCAGCCGUUUAAGGAGAGGUGUGAGUGGUUCUACGAGCACCUGCUGGCUGGCCAGCCCGACUCGGACAUGGUCCACCGCCCCAUCAACGAGAACGACAUUCUGCUCAUCCACAGAGAGUCCAUCUUCCGCAGCAGCUGUGAGGUUGUCUCAAAAUCCAGCAACCAGAAGCUGAAGCAGGGCAUCGCUGUGCGUUUCCAUGGCGAGGAAGGCAUGGGCCAAGGCGUGGUACGGGAGUGGUUUGACAUCCUGUCCAAUGAGAUAAUCAACCCCGACUACGCCCUCUUCACGCAGUCCGCCGAUGGAACCACCUUCCAGCCCAACAGUAACUCCUCAGACCCUGACCACCUCAACUACUUCCGCUUUGCUGGUCAGAUCCUGGCUGCAUUGUACCACAGACAGCUGGUCAACAUCUACUUCACUCGCUCCUUUUACAAGCACAUACUGGGAUCCCAGUUAACUACAGGAUGUGCGUCCAUCGACCCAGAAUAUGCCAAGAACCUCCAGUGGAUCCUUGACAACGACAUCAGCGACCUGGGCCUGGAGCUGACCUUCUCUGUGGACGACGUGUUUGGAGCGAUGGAGGUCCCGCUCAAACCGGGCGGGGUCAGCAUCCUCGUCACGCAGGAAAAUAAGGCGGAAUACGUGCAGCUGGUGACGGAGCUGAGGAUGACCCGAGCCAUCCAGCCCCAGAUCAACGCCUUCCUGCAGGGCUUCCACACCUUCAUCCCCCCGUCCCUCAUCCAGCUGUUCGACGAGUACGAGCUUGAGCUGCUCCUCUCGGGAAUGCCGGAGAUUGAUGUGACGGACUGGAACAGAAACACGGAAUACACCAGCGGGUAUGACCUGGAUGAGCCAGUCAUCCAGUGGUUCUGGGAGGUGGUGCAGAGUCUGACGCAGGAGGAGAGAGUUCUGCUGCUUCAGUUUGUCACUGGCAGUUCCCGGGUGCCCCAUGGUGGCUUUGCAUACCUGAUGGGGGGGAGCGGCUUACAGAAGUUCACCAUCGCUGCUGUGCCCUACACUUCCAACCUACUGCCCACAUCCAGCACCUGUAUCAACAUGCUCAAACUCCCAGAAUACCCCAGUCAGGAAGUCCUCAGAGACCGGCUGCUUGUCGCAUUGCAUUGUGGGAGUUACGGGUACACCAUGGCAUGAGGUGUGUCUGUAUUUUGUGUUGGAACAUGUAUGCACAUGUGUGUGUUGCGUGCGCACACCUACAAUGGCACCCAACCAUAUGCCGUACAAUUAGUGUUCAGGCUUUGCAACAGGGAACUCAUUUUAAACUCGCUCUGCCCCCUCUUAUCUCAGCCCUCUUAUUUAUACAGCAUUAUUUUAAGCCAGUUAUUCAUAACGAUAAUUAUCUACAUGCCUUUCUUGCAAAAACUGGGGCUCGGAGUAAUCAGUUAAAGUUAAAGCUCUUUAGCGAAGGCAAAAAAACUGGCCGAGCUCAGCUGCCAAAGUCUGCCUCAGCACUGUCAUCGGCCCCCCGUGUCCCAGUAAUCCCUCGCGCUGUGGACCCCGAGGGUGCAGUUCUGGCCUCCGCCACCAUAUGGCGCUGUGCCACUGUCCCCUCACUCGAUGGCUGUGUUACCCCCUCUGUGAAACAGGGAUCCCUUUACACUCCGUGGCUGUUCUGUGACCAUUCUAAGAGUGGCUCUGUUGGCCCACUGUCGACCCACUGGGCACAAGCUGGGGGUUUGGCUUGUCUUCAGGUUGACUUUGACUCCUUGGUUUCUGUGUUCAAACAGCCACACAACACAAUGUGUUGUUGCUGAGCGAUUUACGUUUUAGAUUUAGAUUAUUUUUAAAUUUAUUGUAUAUUUUGAAUAACAUGACCGUGAGGGAAACCACCGUUGUCAAAGCAAUACAUAAUGGGCGUAUACAUGGUAAAACGUGCCAAAACAUGACUGAUGUCCAAUCAGUAAUAGCAUGGUAUGUGUUAAAACCAUCAAGAGAGGUUUACGAAGAGAGACUAAAAGUGUGUCAUGCCAUUUAUGUUCAUUGUCAUUGUUUUCCCCAACAACUCCAAAUUAUUAUUAUUUUUUUAAGAUUAAACAAUGAAUGUAAAUGUGUCAUAUUUGAUGUAAUUUAUCAGUAUUGUUUUUGAUGUAUAUCCGUAAUGCCUUUGUAAACAGAUGUUCAUGUUUGUAGUAUACAGUACCUUUAUAGAUAUUUCUGCAGACCAAUACGAAAAUGCAUUAAAUGACAUAUUUUAUCAUAAA